UCAAGCACAGCCAAGAUGUCUGAGGGAAAGAAAAUGACAUCGAGCCGCAGGCAUCAACUGAAGAGCCUGAUGCUGCAGAUUGCUACCAAAUGGCUCGAGGAGGAGAAGAAGUCAAUUGCAGCUGCUAAAGAAGCCUACCUUGCUGAGAACUGCCCACCGCCUGACCUCAGUGGAGACCUCACGGAAAUCUGCAAGCAACUCCAUGCUGCCAUUGACAAGAUUGAUGAGGCGAGAUAUGAUGCAGAAGCCAAAGUUCAGAAGGCUGACAAAGAGAUUGAAGAUCUGAAACUGAAGGUGGUGGAUCUGGCUGGAGUGAAGAAGCCCGCCCUGAAGAAGGUGCGCAUGUCUGCUGACGCCAUGCUGAAGGCUCUGCUGGGCUCCAAACACACGGUCAACAUGGACCUGAGGGCCAACCUGAAGCAGGUCAAGAAGGAGACCAAAGAGGAGCCAACAGAGGCGAUCGGCGACUGGCGUAAGAACAUUGAGGACAAGGCCGACAGGAAGAAGAUGUUUGAGUCUUCCUAAAACUCUUCAGGACUGUGGCGGAUGAUAGCAGGGAGACAGGUCUGACUGACUGAGUGCACCUCUGUGUCCCCUGGAGGCGUUCAGGGCCCAAGGCGGGGCACUCUGUCUUGCUUUUCUAAUUGUCAAUGAGCACACACUGUGAGAGUAUAACUGUUUGCUGAGAAACAUCACAUCAGAAUGUACCAGUUUUCAUGAAAGCAGUAGAAAUAAAUGUUUUGAAAUAUGA